CAGAAUUUUGUGACUGUUUUUGUACAAGGCCCUGCAUUCUUUCGAACCUGGCUCUGCAGGCUUUGGCCGGUUAUUUUCAAGACCCUGGUUGCUCUCUAAGAAAUGUCUUCGAGGAGGACACUGACUAGGGCAGUGAGGAGAUUCUGAACCAUAAGACAGAAGCUAGAUAGCACACAUCUUCAUUGCUAUGAGCUCAGUCCCAGACCUUCAGCUAUUGGGAAGUAUAGAAAUGAAAAUAAAUAAAUAGUGGUGAUGAUGAUGAUGAUGAUGAUGAUGAUGAUGAGAGUAAUAAUAAUAGCACUAUCCUGGAAUGGAGAUUCCUCCCAUCAGCAUCAGAACAGACACAGAAUGCCUUCAUGUUUCGCAGGAAUAAAGUGACUCACUUUGGCCAGUCACUGUAAUCCACUUUUGAUCUGUUUGUUGUUUAGACUAAGCAUACCAGCCUUUGAAGAUGUCAGAUGAGGAGCCUGAAGAUGAAAAUGAUGCUGAAGAACAGAAGGAAGAUGUUGAAGAGAAAGAGGGAGAUGAAGGAGGAGAGGGGGAGGAAGAGAAGGAAGCAGAGGAGGAAGAGACCCAAGUCUCAAAUCCUCUCACUGAGGAUAUCUUGAAGGAAAGCCUUUCGCUUUUAUGUAAAACUGGUAACGGCCUGGCUCACGCCUUUGUGAAAUUAGAGGCCAGAGAAAAGGAGCUGACAGACAUCGCCAUCAUUCAAAGUUUCAUCCACUUACGUUAUGUAGACCUGUCAGACAAUCUACUCCGAGACUUGUCUCCAUUGGCGUGUCUCACACAUUUGCUGUGGUUGAAAGUGGAUGGCAAUCGACUAACCAGUGCAAGCAUGGAUGAGAUGCCGUAUCUACAGAUUGCCAGCUUUGCAAACAACCACAUCAAGGACACAAAUGGCAUUAGCCACCCACGCUUGACCAGCCUCAAUCUGAAAGGGAAUGAGAUUGAGAUAAUAACAGGACUGGAUCCAGAGAAGUUAUCAAAUUUGCACACAUUAGAGUUGCGGGGUAACAAACUAAAAUCGACGGCUGGACUCUACUUGCCCAAGCUCAAAAAUCUGUACUUGGCCCAGAACUCCAUUACCCAUCUAGAGGGUCUGGAAGGCUUGGAACAACUCACGACCCUCCAUCUCCGUGACAAUCAGCUUGAAACUUUGGACGGCUUCUCAGAAAGCAUGAAGUCUCUUCAGUACCUCAAUAUACGGGGGAAUGCAAUUGAGCAGCUACAGGAACUGACGAAGCUGCAGGUGCUGCCCAUGCUACGAGCCCUGGUCUUGCUAGAAAACCCUUGUUCUGAUGAGGGGGACUACCGUAUUGAAGCCCUGGUGCAGCUGCCACGUCUUGAGCGCCUUGACAAGGAUUUCUUUGAGGAGGAAGAACAGGCUGAAGCUGAAGAUAUACGUCACCGGCGUCGGGAAGAAGAGUUGGAACUAGAGAGAGAAAAGGAGAGAGAAAAGGAGCUUGAGGAAAUGGAGGACUUGAACCAGGAGGAGAUACCUGUCGAAUGACAUAGCUGUCAGUCCGCAGGGUGCAGUGGGAGCGGCAAGCUGCUUUCUAGAGCGUUCUCUCCUUGCUGUGCACAACUGACCCAGACAGUGCGAUUCCCCUGGCAUGAAGAAAGAGGAGGCGGCUAUGCUUGCAAAGAGGCAGAGGCUUUAGUGGGGUGGUAAAUGGGGAGAGAUGUUUCUGUGCUUGGAAUGGGUUGUGAUUUAAGGCACGUGA